UGCAUUUAUAAAAUUUAAUAAUAUUGAAUGGCUCACAAGUUAUCUUAGAAUUGGGUCUUCUGGUAUGCUCCAAGAGGCAGGAAGGCUAUAGCAGGAUCAGAUCAUUAUGAUGUAAAUCUAAAAGAGAUCGGGGAAUUUAAUACAGUGGAGGAAUUCUACAGUUAUUAUUGUUAUUUACAGAGACCAAGUGAGGUAAAUAAUAGUUGAGAUGUGAUAGGUGGACAUCGAUAAUAAGAUCAUGAUGUUCAGAAAGGAGCAUAAGCCAAUGUGGGAGGAGUGUUUGGACGGUGGAACUUGGAUUAUCCACUUUAAGAAGAGGGAAGGCGAAUUGCUGAAUAAGAAAUGGGAGGCUCUUCUCUUAGGUUGUUGGAUUUGGGUUAUCAGUAGCAUGCAUAGGAGAGGAGUUCGAUGAUGACAAUGUCAUUGGAGUGGUGCUUUCGAUUAGGGAGAGGAGAAAUUUGUUAGAGAUCUGGUUGAAGGACAGGAGGGAGAGUGAGAAGAUCAGGAUAGGCGAGAAGUUGAGAGUGGCACUCGAGAUGGAUCCUAACAACCUCACCUUCUUUUUCAAGGAACACAGUAAGAGUUUAAAUGUAUCCAUCACAUCUAUGAGUUUAGGAUAAAUCGACCAUGAAGGGAGCUGAAUCCUACACCUUUGUCAAAACUCCCCUUGAAACUCCGUAGACAGAACCUAAAGGACAUCAUCCAGACCUAGAUUAAUUCAAGCUUUGAUUAAUUAUAUACAAAAUAAAUGGAC